AUGAGCACUAUUCACUGUUUUUUUUGUGGUGGUAAAGAAUGCAAGUAUGAGAAUUGGCGGUUAUGGACUACCGAGAAAUAUGUGGGAGUAAAUGCCAUUGAUGGACUAUUCUGUAACUGGAUCACUGAUAAUAUCCUAGCAAUGCAGCGACCAUCUACUCGACUCAUGAAAGAGUAUGGGUUGAUAUCCAAGUUUCAGGAACUUGAUAUCAGAUCGAUAUUCAAUCUUCAAGAAUCUGGCGAACAUGCCAUGUGUGGCGAUGGCAACGAAAUACAAAGCGGAUUCUCUUACUUGCCAGAGAAUUGGAUGGACAAUGCAAAUUGCGAAACAAUGAUGAAUAUAGUUCAGGUUAUGGCAUAUGCUUUGAGUAACGGCAGCAAGAUUGCAGUGCAUUGCCACGCAGGACUUGGUCGUACCGGCCUAUCCAUUGCAUGCUAUUUGGUUUAUGGAGAAAAUAUGCCUGCAGAAACGGCAAUCUUGCAAGUACGAUCAAAAAGACCUUUAUCUGUACAAACCAAAAAGCAAGUCCUUUUUGUCACAAAAUUUGAACUAUAUCUAAGAAAGUUGAGACUAGUGUUUCCCGCCUGCUCAGUCAAAUCAAAAACACACGCAACUGUUGUUGAAUCUCUAUCACUAGCGAGUAUUGUUCAAUCACAAAAAAAGUAUCUUCAUGGUGUGGAGCAAAGAAAUUUAAGAUUUGUUCCCAAGCUUAUCUAUAGAGUUAUUGAGAGAAUAAUCCGAUUAUGUACAUUAAAGGUCGACAAAUUGCAAGAAAACACUCAGAUUGUUGUUUGUUCAAUUUUGGCGUUCGAGGGACUGUCCAAGUUGGAACCAAAAAUGAUUGCUUUCCAAGCAGAUAUCAAUGAUGGGUCAUGGGGCAUCAUUGAUAACGAGUUUGAUAUUGCAUUUUUGAUGAAUCUGAUGUUGUACUUUAUUACGUCGCUAUCUACUCCAAUCAUUUCAAAUUCUGUCAUGAGUAUUCUGGAGCAUAACGUGGCUGAUUUGGCAAACAUAGUAGCUGAUUUUGACUGCGUUGCCUUUCAAACUUUAAAUUACAUGAUGUCGCUAUUCAGAAGGUUACCAAAUAUUCCAGCAGAUACAUUGAGUGAAUUGUUGGAGCGUAUUGCUAUUUUGAUUUCAUCUCAUCGUAGCACCAUUGCAUACCCUUAUGUGCACUGGAUGAAAUCCCCAAUAUCCGCUGCUAAAAUACCACCAAAAGGAAACAACUCCAACUUGAAAACAUUUCAAGCAUCUAGUCUCAUGGUCAGAGAUGCCAUUGGCUCGUCGACACUUGCAGCAAAUGCUUUUACACAAUCCAUGUCAAGAGCGUUUCAAAAGUCGAUCAUUUCCGGAAACGCAACACCGUCCGUGUCAAAAACGCUCUAUCCUGACCAAAAAUCAGAAAGUACAAGUACUCAAUUGUCACCAUCUAUACAAAAUCAUGCUGUUAAUAACACAUUAUCCGAUGUUUCCGAAAGCAACGCAUCAAUCAACGAUUCUAUUUCAAUACAUAUUGACUCUUUAGACGAGCUUUCCGAGUCGAGUAUUCGGAAAAAUAUUCCGGCCCCACCUGAACAGCGACCUACUUCGAUAGACAGCGUUUCAAUGGUUGAAUCAAGCACACUUGGUCCAUCACCCGCACCAGCCAGCACAAACAUUGUUCAAACUCAGGAUCGCUACGUUAAAGUUGAAGAAGAGGAACCUUGUUCUUCAUGCAAGCCAUUGGUAGAAUGGCUUAAAUUUAUACAUCAGAAUUACGAUUGUGCUGACGAGACUCGAGCUGUGUUGGCCGAAUCUCUGGUUUUUUCGCAUCCUGGGUCACCUACAUUGAAUAUUGUGGAACUCAUUUUGCAACCCGGAUUUGAUUCUCAUACUAAUCUGGCAAAAAUGAAUGCUCCCAAAGUAUCGGCUGAAGACGGUGACUCUACGAUUCUUAAACGGGCUACAAGUUAUGUUACCACCACUCUUUCUGGCUUGAACACCAUGACUGGAUUAAGAAGCGCGAACUCGGCAGUGCUUGGUUCAACUACACAUUCUCUAAAUAGUGCCGAUACAGCGAAUAAAGAAGGUAUGCCACCUGACCUUCAAGAGACGAAUAGAGAUACUUUGUCCAUCACAAAAACUACAUUGUCGAGCUUUGCACCAAUGAUGAUGUCUUUUGGAAGAAGCAUCACAGGAUCAUCAUCUGAGCCAAGUGAGCUUCAAAAGUCUGAACAUUCCGAGGAACCCGCUACCAAUGUAAAAUUAGCAGCCGAACGAUCAUCAAACAAGACUAACAUUGAAGCACUAAUGAAUGAUACUCGAAAGAAAAUGGGUCGAUAUAUGCAAGGUUUUUCCGAGAUUCGAGACGUAUCUCAGUCACCGAGUAAGCUUGGCAAGCCAAUGGUCCAUGACAAAACACCCCUUGUCAAAUCUCUGCCUACCAUUUCAUCACCUCGAACAACAGGCACUCCUUUUCUUCAACCCAUUGAACCCUUUUUGCCUUUUGAAUUCAGUACUCUAGACUUGACGAUACCCCCUCUACACGAAGAAACGAAUACGGUGUCCGCACAGUAUGGGAAAUGCAUUGCAAAUAAAUAG